AUGCCGCCCCUGCGCAACCACGCCGGCGCCGCGGCCGCCGACAGCCCGGCCGACCGCGGCCUCGGCCACGACGCCAGCACCACUGGCGGCGCUUUCGGAGCCGCCGACGCUGCCGCAGCCGUGGACGCGGGCGGCGUCGCGCACCCGUGGCCGGGUGCGCGAGGCUCGCUGGGCGCCGGCAGCCGCGAGUGGCUGAGGGGCGUGGCCGAGUGCAGCAGUUCCCUGCUGCACCGCAUGGGGCCGGGCGGCGCCGCGGCGCCGCUGGCCGCGCGGCUGCGGCUGUCGCCGGGGCACCAGGAGCUGCUGUGGCACCUGCAGCAGCAGCAGCAGGAGCAGGAGCAGGUCGCCUGGGCCGACCUGCAUUCCCCCGCAUCGCCGCAGCCCGCGCCGCCGCACUGCGGCGCGCAGGACUGCGGCGCCACCGCUUCUAGGCCGCCGCGGCGCGCAGCAUCGCCGGUCGCGGCGCCGCGGCCGGCCGGCGGGGCUCGGAGGCAUGAGGCGCUCCGGCACAGAAUGGCGCAGCUGGCCACGGCCCUCGUCGCGUCCGCUUCGGCCACUGACGCGUCGGGCCUGCCGCUGCUGCGGCGCGAAGAGGUUUGCUGCAACGGCGGCGGCGGCGGCGCGGCGGGCCCGUGGGUCUCAGCGCCUCGCCACGCUGCACCAGCGCAGCUGGCGGCCGGCGGCCAGGAGCGUCGGCUGCACAUGGGUGCGCUCGCCCAGGACGUGCGGCAGCAGCAGCAGUGGGGGAGGCAGGACGAGCUCCUGAUGCGUCACUACCACUACCAGCAGCACGCGCGCCAGCAGCUGCUGGCCGCCGCGGCGGUGCCUGCCAACUCCGCGGCGGCGGCAGCCGCAGCCGCGCGGCAUGAUGGGUACCGUUCCGCCCAUCGUUUUGCGCCCGCAGCAAUCGUGCAAGCCGCGAACAGCGGCGCUGGAGGUAGCCCUGUGCAGGUCAGGGGGGCAGCUUACUGCCCUCAGCAGCAGCAGCAGCAGCAGCAGCAGCAGCAGCAGCAGCAGCAGCAGCAGCAGGCAGCCCCACGAAGGGUCGUUCUGCUCGUGCGCUCGACCAGCCCUGCCAUCGCCGCCGCCGCAUCGGCGGCCGAUCAGCGGGCCCGCGGCUUCGCUGCUGCGCCGUCCUCGGCCCGCGCUGCCAACCCGCGCCAGGCCCUCUACGCCGCGCCGGCGGGCCUGGCGCUCGGCGGGUGCCACGCGCUGACUCAGCACCAAUCGGAUCCCGAGGGGCAGCCGCGCUCGGCCAAGCGGCGGCGGCGGCUCUGA